AUGCGUUCACAGAAUGUUGCUACUAAGUUCACUGAGAUUCUCCUAUGCAUAAGAAGAAGAACAUUCCGAUGUGACCCUCAACUCUUAAUGGAAGAUCUGGUCUCAACAGUGAAUUUCUCUUUGGAGCUUCGAAGAUCCUUUUCUUCCCAGGGAAAAAGAAUCCUAUUAGAGUUAGUAUUUUACGCGUGGGUUGUAUUAGACAAGUGA